AUGGAUUAAAUAAAAGUUCAAAGCAUUAUAAACUUGCUCAACCCAACGAAAAAGUAAAUUGAGCAAAGUGAAGAAACUAAUACAAAUGUUAUUUUGGAAAUCAAGAUAAACUAUCUUGUAAAAAGUGGUAUGUAGAAGUAAGAAGAAUAAUUGGCUCUUGAUAGAGAGAUGCUUGAUUUGCACUUAGACUUAGCAGUGACUUCAUUAAAUGGAAAAAUUGGAUCAGCAGAUAUUUAAUAUCAAGUACUUGAAUAUAGUUAAAAAGACAGCAAACUCAAAAUCAUUACUGACUUCAGUUCAGUGAAUAGAUUAUGGAAUUCAUUAAUGAUGGCUAGUGCAACCUUUGAUGGAUCUACAGCUAUUAGAUUUGAUUUAAUUAAUAUUACUGCUAAUUGA